AUGUCCGCCUCUUCUUCCCCUAAUUUCUCCUUUUGCUUUCCCUCAUCUCCGCCUCUUCUUCCCCUAAUUUCUCCGUUUGCUUCCCCUCAUGUCCGCCUCUGCUUCCCCGCAUUUACCCCGCUGCUUCCCCUCGUUUCCCUCUUGGCUUCCCCUCAUUCCCCCCUCCGCUUCUCCUCAUUCCCCCCUCCGCUUCUCCUCAUCCCCCCCUCCGCCUCUCCCCAUUCCCCCCUCCGCUUCUCCUCAUCCCCCCCUCCGCCUCUCCCAUUCCCCCCUCCGCUUCUCCUCAUUCCCCCCUCCGCUUCUCCUCAUUCCCCCCUCCGCUUCUCCUCAUUCCCCCCUCCGCUUCUCCUCAUUCCCCCCUCCGCCUCUCCCCAUUCCCCCCUCCGCUUCUCCUCAUUCCCCCCUCCGCUUCUCCUCAUUCCCCCCUCCGCUUCUCCUCAUUCCCCCCUCCGCUUCUCCUCAUUCCCCCCUCCGCCUCUCCUCAUUCCCCCCUCCGCCUCUCCUCAUUUCCCCCUCCACUUCUCAUUCCCCCCUCCGCUUCUCCUCAUCCCCCCCUCCGCCUCUCCUCAUUCCCCCCUCCGCUUCUCCUCAUUCCCCCCCUCCGCUUCUCCUCAUUCCCCCCUCCUCCUCUCCUCAUUCCCCCCUCCGCCUCUCCUCAUUCCCCCCUCCGCCUCUCCUCAUUCCCCCCUCCGCCUCUCCUCAUUCCCCCCUCCGCCUCUCCUCAUUCCCCCUCCGCCUCUCCUCAUUCCCCCCUCCGCCUCUCCUCAUUCCCCCCUCCGCCUCUCCUCAUUCCCCCCUCCGCCUCUCCUCAUUCCCCCCUCCGCCUCUCCUCAUUCCCCCCUCCGCUUCUCCUCAUUCCCCCCUCCGCCUCUCCUCAUUCCCCCCUCCGCCUCUCCUCUUUCCCCCCUCCGCCUGUCCUCAUUCCCCCCUCCGCCUCUCCUCAUUCCCCCCUCCGCCUCUCCUCAUUCCCCCCUCCGCCUCUCCUCAUUCCCCCCUCCGCCUCUCCUCAUUCCCCCCUCCGCCUCUCCUCAUUCCCCCCUCCGCCUCUCCUCAUUCCCCCCUCCGCUUCUCCUCAUUCCCCCCUCCGCUUCUCCUCAUUCCCCCCUCCGUCUCUCCUCAUUCCCCCCUCCGCCUCUCCUCAUUCCCCCCUCCGCUUCUCCUCAUUCCCCCCUCCGCUUCUCCUCAUUCGUCCCUCCGCUUCUCCUCAUUCCCCCCUCCGCUUCUCCUCAUUCCCCCCUGUGCCCAUCAGGCAGUGGACGAGGCAUGCCGCUUGCUGUGCCAGUGGUGGACGAGGCGGACCGGCUGCUGCGCCAGUUCUACCACGACUGGCUGCCGCUCACCCUCGCCGCCGUCGCCGCUGCCCCUUCCGGUGCCACUGCUGCCAUGUCAGCAGUCGCCAGCAUGCAUGCUGACGUGGCAGUGAGCGUGCCGGGGCAUGAGUUGGCACUCCCCUAA